AUGCUUCAAGAGAAAGAACUUGCCAAUUCAUGUAACCAAGAAAAUGAGGAUAUGAAAAAAUAUAUACGACAACUGGAGAAAGAUCAGUUCAGUAAGGUUAGGGGGACAGCUAUUCCAAACCUAAAAGCAGUACAGGCCGAAAACAAGAAACUGAAGGUACUGAGAAGAAGGGCUCGAAAGGCUCAGGGAAUUAUUUGGACUGCAGCUUGACUGCUCAAGAUUAAAGGAUCCAGAUAGUUCCAAAACAUACACAGUUGAAUUCAAUACUGCAAAGAAAAGGAAGCUUUGAAGAUUUACCUGAUAAUAGUGUCGCACACUAUUAUCGUGACCUAUUGCCAGACACACCAUCUGUUGACCCACCACCUCCCUUAUUAACUGACAAUCUUUCAACUCCUUAACCCGAAAAGCAGUCUAAUUGUGUACACCAAAAUUCAUUCCAGGGUGGAACACAAUAUGCUAAACUAAGUGAGGAUGGCAAAGCCAAGGUUGAAAACAUUUUGUAUCUCAUUGACAAGUUCGGCGUUGGGAUGAGUUCAUUCAUGAGUUGUCAAUGGUAGUUGAUGGAAUGCCAAAGUCCCACCUCAUAAAACAGUGUCGAAUGGACCUUAACAGUGUCUGCAUAAUCAGGUCUACCCCAGGCAAGGCCCCUGGAGCACCGUACUUAUUUAAAGAAUUACUGAUUCAACAAAUAAAACACAUGGUAUGUACCAAGUAUAAUUUUUCACUGCAUGUAGUGGCUUGGAUAAAGAAGAUAUUUUGGGUUUGUUACAGAAGCAAAUUUACCUAGGACUUAUAUUUAAAAUUUCAAACAAAUAGCUUUUAAAAAAUGGGUUUCCAUAAGUAAUGCGAUUCCUUUUCAAUUUAAAACCCACAGGGACAAGCCAAUUUGCUUCAAGAAGGAGAGAAGGCAAAAGUGAAGUUGAGUAGGGAUGGUGCUCGGAUGAGCAGAGUGAGCAAAUUCAUUCUCUUGAGCCGCUCAGUGCUUCAGAGUAAAGAUGAUUUGUUAUCAUCAAAAGGUAAUUAAUAAUAAAACAAUAAAACAUAAACAUCUUCAUUAUUAGACAAAGAAAUCUUUAUUUUCAGUUGUAUUUGUCGAUAAAAAAAAUCAAGCAAGUCAAAUUAUGUGGUUAUGAUUACAACCUAACUUUUAAUACUUACAAGCAUUUCAUUUCUUUCAUUAAAAACAAGGUACUCACACCAUUGCUGUAGUAAAUGGCCCUGAGAACAGCGGAACAUUGGCCAAUAGUUUAAACGAAGUGUUCAAGGAUGAGAAUGACAUCCAAAAGAAUGUCUCCAUAACAACUGACGAAACCGAGUGGACAUCGAACUGUUUCUUGGAGGUGAUUACAAGGUAAAUAACUGUGGAAAGUUUGUCUCGGUACCAAACUGAGGUAACUGGAGAAUUGAAGGCAUAAAUACAUGAACAAAAGUGUUCCUUAUAUCAGACAGGAAGCUCUGAGAUUGUACCCUACUCUUGCAUUCUGAAAUUAUGUCUAUUUCCUCCUAGUUUCUGCUGUUGGUCAUUGGACUCAGCCCUGCUAACUCUGCCUAUGCCUGCGUGUGGUUCAAAGUUCAUAAGAAAGACAGGUAUAAUAACUGACACAUUCAUCACGUUUUGAAAGGAAUACUACCUUCAAGUGAUUUUAAUACUGUUUCACCAAUUACAUAAUAUCACUAUAAAGUACUAUUAUUUAUAAUAAUAAAAUUAUUAACAAUUUAUAUCGUCAAAUUACAGUUGUAUUUUGAACACUUGAAAUCAGUUUUGAGUUCAAAUUCUCAUCGCUAUGUGGAUACAUUUUCAGCUUCAUAAAAUAUAAUCAUAUAAUCAAAUACAACCAAAUAAUGACCUUCUUUUAACAUGGUGUACGCAUGCCAUAUGUAUGUUUUCCGUACGUAAUGAUAUUUAAGCCCCAUAUACAAUACUAUUAUUUACUUCUUUUUUAAGGGGCGACAUGA